CGUUAGCAGGGGGACCAUGCCGCGCUCCUUCCUGGUGAAAACGCACUCCAGCCACAGGGUUCCCAACUACAGGCAGCUGGAGACGCAGAGAGAGAUCAAUGGUGCCUGUUCUGCCUGCAGGGGGCUGGUGGUGCCCCUCCUCCUCCCAGAUAAAGCAGCCUCGUCCACACCUGGUGACCCUCCCUGGCCCUGGGACUGCACCUCUGUCAUGGCCCGCAUCUCGCUGCCCCUUCCCCACCACGAGGAAGCGUGGGGGGCCUCCGGGCCAGACCCCCUGCAGGUCGGCCCCGUGCACCCUUGGGCCGGCUGGGCCCCCAGCGUGCCCCUCAAAGACAGCCUGAACCAGCUCAACCUGCCCCCACGGCUGCUGCUGGCCACACGGUGGCCCCCGAUCCCGGGCCCCGCCGGGGACCAGGCCGCAGACAGACUGCCGGGGGGCGCGGUGCGGGCCCCCCGCGGCCCCGGCGGCUUCCAGUGCCCGCACUGCUGCAAGCCCUACCACACGCUGGCCGGGCUGGCCAGGCACCGCGAGCUGCACUGCUGGCUACGGACGCCACGCUGCUUCCCCUGCAAACACUGCGACAAGGAGUACAGCAGCCUGGGCGCCCUCAAGAUGCACAUCCGCACGCACACACUGCCCUGCCCCUGCGCCAUCUGCGGCAAGGCCUUCUCCAGGCCCUGGCUGCUCCGCGGCCACAUCCGCACCCACACAGGUGAGAAGCCCUACACCUGCUCUCACUGCAGCAGGGCCUUCGCCGACCGCUCCAAUCUCCGGGCCCACCUGCAAACACACUCCGACACCAAGAAGUACCAGUGUAAGAGCUGUGCCAAGACCUUCUCCCGCAUGUCGCUCCUGGCACGCCACGAGGAGUCCGGCUGCUGCCCCGGCCCCUGAGGAGCGCGGGCUCGGUGCAGGGAGGAGGGACAGGACGUCACCCCAGGAGCUGUGGGCUGACCCGCUCCAGGCAGCCUAUGCUGCCUAUGCUCGCCUGCUGGGUGUUUCUCCUCUGCCCGUCUGCAGCCGCCCGCCUCCGUCCAGAGCCAGAGAAGCCCGGUGGGCUGUUCGGGUAAGUGACCGAAGAAGGUCACCAAACCGUGAACCACAGUCCUGUGUCUGACGUGCUCUGGUUUCUGGUUCUGUUCUCCCAGAGUCGGCUACCAGCACGGACAGCUCCUGCCAUUCAGCUGGCCCUCGCGGGCAGAGCGGCCUCGUGGCUCACCUCCACCUGCUGCUGGUCUGGACUCUAGGCCAAGUCACGUCACGGGUGCACGCACGCAUGCCCCCCUGCCCACCUCACCGGGCGGCCCCGGGGACAGAGCUGGGACCCCAUCACAACCGCACGGCAGUGAGGAGCCUAGAGCCCUGGCUGCCAUGUCCUCUGAGGCUCCAAGUCUAUGGCGGAGGCUGAGCGCAGAGCUAUCCUCCAGAGGCCACAGAUGCCUGGGUAAUUUGGGCCUCUGGCCACGGAGUAGGGGAGGCGAUGGCGAGGGCGUGGAGCCAUGAAGUGCAGGGACAGAGAGCAGGGCUGGCGGGAGGCAGGUGGCGAGAGCACAAGCAGGUGAGCAGAGGCACCGUCUUUCGGAAGAAAGAGACCAGCAUUUAAUAGGGAGGGAUUGUAGCCACGGGGCGAGGACAUGCUGGGGUGAGGGCGUGAGAGCAGAGGCCCGAGGAAGAGGCAGCCAUGGGCUGCGUUGGCAGGGUGCCCAGAAGACAGUCUAGUCCUGGGUCUGCACACGUCUCUCCUGAGCCCACUGCGUCACCCAGGAGCUGUGUCCAUGGCACCGUCACCUCCCUCUGCCUGCCUCUCCUGAUGCCACAGGUGUCCACCAGCUGAGUGAGCAGCAGACCCUGGCACUGCCCAAGACACGCCUCCCAAACUGACUCAGGUAACAACAGGAGACCCCUCCCCAGCCUCGGGCCCCCACGUGGCAGCCUCUUCCCACCCGAGACCUCCAGGCGGUCACCUGCUGGGCUGGUCCUCCCUCUUGCCAGCACAUCUCAGCGUCUCCGGCUGGCCCGCGUCUAACGGGGACUGAUUGAGUUCUCGACACCCGGAGGGGACACCUGCUCCUCUCUUCAGGAGAGCUGGCCUGCUGUCAGCAACGCCACUUCUGGCCCAGGCUGAGGGACAAAGUCAGGGACCUUGGUCCUGGCCCUGAAUGGGGCCAUAGGGCAAGCGGCAGAGGCCCCUGUCUCAGCCCCAGGCCACAUGGACCUGCUGAGGAGCAUUUACCAGCCCACGCCGGGCCACAAGGCCCCUGUAGAUUCCUCCAGAAGCUCCUCCAGGGCUGGUUUGAUGACGGCCAUUGGAGGAGCCUUGGGGACACCCCAGAGGAAAUGUGACCAUGAUCUUGGGCUUCUCUGGACCAAGGGUGACCUUGAUGAAACUGGCCACCCAGGAGACCACAGCUCCAGCAUGCACCAGACUGUAUCAGCAGGUGGAAUGAAGACGCCCUCUCGGAAAGCCUCGCUCACAUUCCCACGCCUGCACCGCUGCCUUCCCUCCGCAGGUAUCAGCCAUCCCUCGAGGCUUAGCUAAUAUAUCAGUUUGCUGGGGCUGCCGUGACCAAGUCCCACACACUGGGCGGCUCGAACCACAGAAAUCUACUCUCCCACAAUCUGGAGGCCAGGAGUCCCAGACCGAGGUGCCGGCAUGGCUGGUUCCUUCUGGGGCCCCUCUCUCGGCUCCUACUGGCUUGCUGGCAUCUUCGAUGUCCUCGGCCGGUAGACCCAUCACCCAUCUCUGCCUCCACCUCGCUCGGCUUCUUCCUGCCUCUGCGUCUGUCUCUGUGUCCAAAUUCCCCCUUUUUGUGAGGACACCAGGCAUACUGGGUUAGGACCUACCUUGAUGACCUCAUCUUAACUUGAUCAACUCCAAAGACCCUGGUUCCAAAUAGGGACACAUUCUGAGGUCCUGGGGGUCAGGAUUUCCAACAACUAAUGUGAACACAGAGUUUGCCAAGACGCCUGAUGGGGGGGGCGGUGGUCCCUGUGCUUGACUCCUCUGUCCUCUCAGUCCACAAAGGAUCGGGGGGCAGGGGGGGUGCAGUCGAUUUAACUGACAGAUUUACUGGAAACAUUUCCCACUUCCCACCUGUCCAUCAUCUGAGCAGGGCUCCGCGCUCACAGGGCAGCCUUUCCUCCCAGCAGUCUCCCGGAGCUCUGGGCUCCUCCAUUGAGCGGGUCAAGUCAGCGAUCGGGCCUAUGUCCCACCAUCUCACAGGAGGCCUUUUUGUUUUUUUUUUUUAAAUAGCAUCCAGAUGCCUGAAGGAAGCUAUAUUGUAGAUUGUGUUCUAUUUCUGGGCCCCGAUGUCUAAAUGAGGCGAUGCACCUGUUGGGUAUGAAGGGAGAGAAUUUCGCAGCCCUAAAAUAAAGUCGAAUGCUUG